CUUGCAAGAGGUCGGCGGGUCAACAAAAAUGUGUUAGUGUUCUAGUACGUAGACUUGGAAAAUAUUUUUCGUCAUCAUGGUUUUUGCUCUUUGGCUUUAAAAUAUAGUCUUGUUUCGUAUGCAUGUCAAGAAUUAAAAGACUCAGAGCAAAUUCCAUGCCCCUUCUUGAAAUUCUUCUAACCACUCUGUUCUAAGUGGAUAUGUAUAUACAUGCAUGUUAACGGCUCUGCAGGACACAUAUCAGAAAAUACUCACAUUUAAGUUGUAAGAGAAAGUCAUGCACUGUGGACAGAGUUCAAAUAUCAAAUUUUGGACAGAUAUACAUCCCCGGCCAGCAAGUGCAAUCAUAUGCAAAUGCAAAGCCAAGAUUUCGUUUGAAGAGACUUACAUUAAAAUCCAAUGAUUUAAAUAAGAUAAAACAAAUGAGUGAACCCUGGCAGCCCACUCCCAACCAUGUUAGCUACGGAGGACAGUUUGUUGAAAUUUCUAGUGAUGAUGACAGUGCCACUGAACCCUGGCAGGAGAAUUACAGUAGAGAGUCUACGAGUUGUGCUAGUCAACCUCUGAAUUCUUCAAAUAUACCACCAGAUUUUCGGGUCUGGGAGUCAACCGGCAAAACUACUAAAUACAGCAAUGGUAACCCGUUGAGGUUUCGCGUGCUGUCGUACAACGUAUUAGCGCAGUAUCUGUUAGAAUGUCACCCGUACUUGUACACAGAGUGCAAGUCGCAGAACUUGAAAUGGAAGGUCCGAGCAGCGCGACUAUAUGACGAAAUAUUGAAGUUGUCGCCCGACAUUUUAUGUCUCCAAGAAGUACAAGCGUCUCAUCUAAACAGUUUUUACUCUAAUUUUGAGAAAAUUGGUUACUCUGGAAUAUUUAAAAGAAAAACGGGAGUCCGACAUGAUGGAUGCGCUAUUUAUUUCAAAGACUCGCUUUUUGAAAUGCAAGAUACAGUCAGUGUGGAGUUGUACCAACCGGAGCUCCCGAUCCUGAACCGCGACAACAUAGGCAUGAUGGUGAAGCUGGUCCCGCGGCACUGCCCCGAUACCCCCAUAGUGGUGGUCACCACCCACCUGCUCUACAACCCUAAGCGCACCGACGUCCGGCUGGCUCAGAUGCAGGUGUUGCUCGCCGAGAUCGACAGAUUUGCGUAUUUCGACAAUGGGAGAGAAUGGGGUCAUAUACCCGUGAUCUUAACGGGAGACUUUAACUCGACGCCGGACAGUGCGGUCGUCCGGCUGCUCGACAACGGACACGUAAGCGCCAGUCCGUUCCGGGACAGCUCAGAUUGGAAGAAAAUUGGAGUGACGGAUAACUGCCAACAUCUCUCCGUUUACUUGAACCGGUCCAAAAGAUUGCCUACUGAUUUUUGCAUGACAAAGAUAUACAAUUCUGAAUACCGGUCCAAUAUGGCCGAGCUCGAGGACGGGUCAGCCGGUCGCGGCGACGAGCACGGCGAGCUGUUCAACAGCGGCGCGCUCGGCCACGCCCUCAACCUGGCGUCCGUCUACGACAAGGUCAAACACGACGGCAGCCACGAGGCGACCACCUUCCAGGACUACUGGGUCACGGUGGACUACAUUUAUUUUAGCAGCUGCAGCAGCUUGAAGCUGGUGGAGAGGCUGCGGCUGCCGACGGCGGCCGAGUGCCAGGCGCUGGGCAAACUGCCCAACGACGUGUACGGCUCGGACCACCUCGUGUUAGGAGGAACCUUCGAACUUAAGUCAGUUAAAUCUUCCUUAUAACGUAUUCUUCAACAUUACUA